GCGCACUGAAGACAGUUCGAAACGAACAGGCGCGCGUUGAUGGUCUAAACGCGGACAACGCUACGCUAGCGAAAAGGGAUUUAACGGUUAACGUGAGCAAAUUUUUGUGUUUAGUUUUUCAACAAAUUAUUGCAAAAGAGAAAUUCCACAGCGUUCAAAAAAAAAUAUACAGUGCAAAUAUUAAGAGCUUAAAAUAAAGCCAAACAAAAACAAAUCCUGCAAAAAAUAUGCCAGUGUGACCUACUUAAACCAAUACAACAAUUCUCGCGCAACAACGUCACCAUCUUCGGUGUUGAACUCGUUUGUGCGCACUCAACAGGACGAGUUUUAGUGUGAUACUUGUUUGUGUUUCUUACUGCUUGUAAAACUCACAAGUACACUGUGUCGAGAUAAUAACGAAAAUAAACAGUAAAUGUGUUAAUCGAAAGCAACAACAAAGCAAUAGAGGUGACAACAACAGUAGCAACAACAGCAAAAACAACAGUGAACACAAACACAACGCCGUCGGACGUCGCUUCGUCUUUAAAGCACACACACUUCUACAAUGAGCAAGCGUAAAAAGCUGCUGCAAAGGUUUAUAGCGUGAUAACAGUUACUAAAAGUACUACAUAACUCCCAAAAAACAAAAGAAAAUACAACAACAAAAUCACCUCUUCGAAAUUAAACUCUACUAAAUACUGCACGGAACUCGCAAUCCAAAGACAAUGGUACUCAAUCUACUCUUCAUAACGACUGUGAUAAAGUCUACGUUCGGCGUAGUCACUACCGGCCUUUGGCUCAUACCGUUACUUCUCGCCGCUAUUACCUACUACCGCUACGAUAGCGUCGAUCCAGAAGCGCGUCCGAUCGAUCAACUGAAUCUGUAUCCCGAGUAUGAUUUCAUUGUAGUGGGAGCGGGAUCGGCCGGCGCUGUUGUGGCUAAUCGGCUGACGGAAAUGCGUAAAUGGAAGGUAUUGCUCAUCGAAGCUGGUCCGGAUGAAAAUGAGAUUUCCGAUGUGCCCUCACUGGCCGCCUAUCUACAGUUGAGCAAACUCGAUUGGCAGUACAAGACGCAGCCGUCCAACAAGGCCUGUCUCGGCAUGAAGAAUAAUCAAUGCAAUUGGCCGCGCGGAAAAGUGCUCGGCGGCUCGAGUGUGCUCAACUAUAUGCUGUAUGUGCGUGGCAAUCGACACGAUUACGAUCACUGGGAAUCGUUGGGUAAUCCCGGUUGGGGCUAUGACAAUGUGUUGCAUUACUUUAAGAAAUCGGAGGAUAAUCGCAAUCCUUACCUAGCGAAUAACCGUUAUCAUGGACGUGGUGGUCUAAUGACCGUGCAGGAAUCACCUUGGCACUCGCCGUUGGUGGCUGCAUUUGUAGAAGCGGGACGCGAGAUUGGUUAUGAGAAUCGCGACAUCAAUGGUGAGAAACAGACCGGUUUUAUGAUUGCACAAGGCACUAUACGUCGUGGCUCACGUUGCAGCACCGCUAAAGCCUUCUUACGUCCUAUUCGAUUACGUAAGAAUUUCCAUCUCUCCAUGAACUCGCAUGUAACCAAAGUGGUCAUAGAGCCAAGUACCAUGCGCGCGCAUACCGUGGAGUUUGUGAAGAAUGGCAAACUGUUCCGCAUACGCGCGAGACGUGAGAUUAUUUUGUCCGCUGGUGCCAUCAAUACACCGCAAAUCAUGAUGCUAUCAGGCAUUGGACCUAAGGCACACCUCGAGCAGCAUGGCAUACGCGUGUUGCAGGACCUGCCGGUUGGUGAGAAUAUGCAAGAUCAUGUCGGCAUGGGUGGUCUCUCGUUUUUGGUUGACAAACCUGUUGCUAUAAUACAAGAUCGCUUCAAUCCCACGGCGCUCACCAUGCAAUAUGUACUGCGUGAACGUGGACCGAUGACAACGCUUGGUGGCGUGGAGGGUUUGGCUUUUGUACAUACGCCAUACUCGAACAGCACUAUCGACUGGCCUGACAUACAGUUCCAUAUGGCACCGGCCUCCAUUAAUUCGGACAAUGGCGCACGCGUGAAGAAGGUACUUGGACUCAAGGAAUCACUCUACCAGGAAGUUUAUAAACCGAUUGCAAACAAAGACACCUGGACGAUCAUGCCAUUGCUGUUGCGUCCACGCUCACGUGGUUGGGUGCGUCUUAGCUCCUCAAACCCCUUCCACUAUCCGCUCAUUAACGCGAACUAUUUCGAUGAUCCGUUUGAUGUCAAAACUCUAGUGGAAGGUGCAAAGAUUGCGCUACGCGUUGCAAACGCUAAAGUCUUCAAGCAGUUCGGUUCACAUGUCCAUCAGCGUCCAAUGCCAAAUUGCAAGAAAUAUAAAAUAUACUCGGACGACUACUUGGAGUGUCAAGCGCGUACCAUCUCUAUGACGAUUUAUCAUCCAUGCGGCACUGCAAAAAUGGGACCGGCUUGGGAUCCAGAAGCGGUUGUCGAUCCACGCCUACGCGUUUAUGGCGUACGUGGACUACGCGUAAUCGAUGCCAGUAUUAUGCCUACUAUCAGUAGUGGCAAUACAAAUGCGCCGGUCAUUAUGAUCGGCGAGAAGGGUGCUGACCUCAUCAAAGAGGAUUGGUUGAAAAAUCCCGAAUAUCGCGCAGCGGCACCGAAGAGUUAGCCAGCUUUUGUGUAGCUGUAGUUAAGUGGGCAGUAAGCGCGAGCUUCUUUCGGGGAACUUUUUGGCUGUUAUGCCGACAGUGCAUUGAGCGAUCAUAAAUCAGGGGCGUACGUGAGCUUUAUACCAUAAGCGGUGCCAUCGAGCGGGAUAGUGUUUCCAAACACUGUCUCUUAUAGAAAAUAUAUUAACUAUAAAAAUCUGUAGAUUAAGUUUCUUAGAAGCUAGUUCCAUUCGAGUCAUAUAUCUUUGUUUUUAAGUCGUUUUCCCUGCCUAAGUGCCUACAUAUUCACCUUCACAUUUACACAUUUAUCACUUUAUGGUAAUUUAACAUUAUUUAACAGUGCGUCAUUAUAAUUUAUUGCUGCACUCAUGUUAUUCGCAAACAUUUAUCG